AAGGGCUACUCGUCCCUUCCGCUACCUCAAGGGCUCCUCCUCCUCCUCCUCCCCUCCUCUUUCGUACCUAUAAAACAAACCCUAGAUUCCGAUCGAGGUGGGAAAGAAGAAGGACAAAACCCUAGUGACCUCGAUCGAUCAUGGCGCGGGCUUUGGGAGCUCAGGCGCCUCUAUCCGUGCAAAUUGGGUCGGAUGCGUCUCUGAGGAAGCACGGAUUCGAGGGUCAUAAUAAUCUCAGCUUCCACCGUAGAUCAUGGAAUUCUACAUCUUUAGAACUGAAAAAGAGGAAUGUACAACUAAAAUAUCAAAACGAGGUGGUAUGCAUGUCCGUACAGCAAGCAAGCAAAAAGAAAGUUGCAGUUCAGCCUUUAGAAUUAGAGAAUGCUAAAGAACCGCCUCUCAACCUGUACAAACCCAAGGAACCUUAUACAGCAACAAUUGUCUCCGUCGAGAGACUUGUUGGCCCCAAAGCUCCUGGUGAGACAUGCCACAUUGUAAUUGAUCAUGGAGGCAAUGUCCCUUACUGGGAAGGGCAAAGCUAUGGAAUUAUUCCUCCUGGCGAGAACCCAAAGAAACCUGGGUCUCCUCAGAAUGUUCGCCUUUACUCGAUUGCGUCAACAAGGUACGGAGAUUCAUUUGAUGGCAAGACUGCCAGCUUAUGUGUUCGUCGUGCCGUGUAUUAUGAUCCAGAAACUGGUAAGGAGGAUCCUUCAAAGAGUGGUGUAUGCAGUAAUUUUCUCUGUGACGCAAAGCCUGGGGACAAGAUUCAGAUCACUGGUCCCUCUGGCAAGAUAAUGCUUUUACCCGAGGAUAACCCUAAUGCCACUCAUAUCAUGAUAGCCACUGGGACUGGUGUAGCACCUUUCCGAGGCUACCUCCGCCGCCUAUUCAUGGAGUCUGUUCCCAACUACCACUUUGGCGGCCUUGCUUGGCUCUUCCUCGGGGUUGCUAAUACUGAUAGCCUUUUGUACGACGACGAGUUCACAAACUAUCUCCGUGAACACCCUGACAAUUUCAGGUAUGACAAAGCCCUCAGCAGGGAGCAUAAGAGCAAGAAAGGCGGGAAGAUGUACGUGCAGGACAAGAUUGAGGAGUACAGUGACGAAAUCUUCAAGCUUCUAGAUGGUGGUGCUCACAUAUACUUCUGCGGUUUGAAAGGGAUGAUGCCCGGGAUCCAGGACACGCUGAAGAGAGUUGCCGAGGAAAGAGGGGAGAGCUGGGAUGCGAAGCUUUCGCAGCUCAAGAAGAACAAGCAAUGGCAUGUAGAGGUCUAUUAGUCACCAUCCAAAUGCAAAGCGUAAUAAAUUGCUUGGAUUGCUGGAUAAAACAUUGGUCUGAUUCCAAUUUUUUUUGGUGACAUAAAUGUUAUUUCACUCUUAUUAAUUAGCGAGGAUACGCACAUUCUAGCUAGCUCAAUUUAUGGUUGUGAUGCAAUUUAUUUAGCUUCAGCUGCUGUUUAUAAGGGCAGUUCACCAUGCUCCAUUUGAUUGUGGUGAGAUUUUUUUAGCUGCCAAAAUCUACAAAAUAAAGUUCCUUCUGCAAUUCAUAUUU